AUGGUGGAGAUAGAAGGGAAGGGCAGAGCACUAGUUACUUCUCAGCAGCUAAGAGCUGGACAUAUUGUCCUCAAGGAUUCCCCUAUCCUAUUCUAUUCUGCUGCUCCUCUUCUAAAUGAAGACAACAAAUACUGCUCCCACUGUUUCAGAACAAUAUUUUUGCAUGCGGUGGUGGUUUCUUGUCCCUGGUCCUCUUCUGCUUCACUCUUCUACAGCCCCGAAUGCCGAUCCAUCGCUCUAUCCUCUUCCCACACCCAAUGGGUUUGUCAGGUCCUCAGCUGCCUUCGAGAAGUCAAUUCUCCUGCUGCAUGGAGGCUAACUGUCGUCGAAGAGAGAGAUCAGAGAGUGGAGAAGAGAGAGUGA